AUGGAGAUGGCAGUUCCCAGCAGUAACCUGGACUUGCAGCAGGACAAUGGGUCCUGUGUACGAAAUCACAUCAAUGAGAAAAGGCUGAAAGUGGAUGACCCACGGGUGAGGAGGAAUUCCAUCCCACCAGUACAGACCCCCACAGCCAAGCACAUGCUGGCCUAUCUCCCCCGACCACCAACGGACACCAGCAGAUAUGGGACCUUUCCUCAAAAGCCUGAGACGAUGGUUGUUUCUGCUACAUCUUGUGAUGGUUAUUAUCAGAAAAUGGAGCCUACUGGCCACAAGAAAGGUGGAAUCAUAUCAAACUUCAUCCCGCUGUCUUACAACAACAAUGCAAGAGAAGGCCAUCAAAGAAGAUUUAGUGCAAUAGAUGCAUUGCACACAAGCUCUCCUCCCCCACCAGCCAAGCAUAGGCCCAGUGUGUCUAUUAACACUGAAGAUUUGCCCCAUUACCAACGUGCUGCAAAGCAGGAGGAACAUGUCCGAGAGGGCAGUUCCAGGUGGCAUCCCAGACAUGCCCUUAGUGUUCCAAACAUUCCCAUGCGUAGUAAAACUCCCACACGUAGUGUUGUUUCAGCUCCUGUCACCACAAAAUCUCACAGAAUGCGUUGUAAGCUUAUGUAUGAUGACAGACAACUUUUUAACCUCACCAAUCGCCAGGCACGCCAGAGAUAUGUCACCAAGGAUGGGAAGUGCAGAGUCAACCUCGGGCACAUCCAUGAGAAGAAGAGAUUCUUAUCUGACAUUUUUACAACCGUUGUGGACCUAAAAUAUCGCUGGUUUAUUUUUGUUUUCAUGUUGUGUUAUAUUAUUACUUGGGUUGGGUUUGGAGUAAUAUAUUUCGUGGAUGCCCUUCUUCGAGAUGAUGUGAGCCAUAUUGGAGAUAUUGAAUGGAAGCCUUGUAUUGACAAUAUAGACUCUUUUCUAUCUGCCUUACUUUUCUCUGUGGAAAGUCAAAGAACAAUUGGCUAUGGACACAGAAUGGUGACCCCUAAUUGCCCAGAGGGUGUGAUAUUGAUCAUGGCACAGUCAAUAAUAGGGUCAGUGAUUGAUGCGCUCAUGGUGGGCUGCAUGUUUGUAAAAAUAUCACGGCCAAAGAAAAGAGCUGAAACAUUGAUCUUUAGUAAGAAAUGUGUGGUGUCUCACCGGGAUGAAAAGCUAUGCUUGAUGUUUAGAAUUGGGGAUCUAAGAGAUAGCCACAUGGUAGAUGCCAAGAUUAGGGCUAAAUUAAUCAAGUCUCGACAGACAAAGGAAGGGGAAUUUAUUCCCCUGGAACAAUCUGAAAUAAAUCUGGGUUACGAUACUGGAGAGGAUCGUCUCUUCCUUGUGGAACCCCAGAUAAUCUGCCAUUUCAUCAAUGACCAUAGUCCUUUUUGGGAAAUGACUGCAGAAUCAUUGAAAAGGGAGCAAUUUGAGAUUAUUGUCAUACUGGAGGGGAUUGUUGAAGCUACAGGUAUGACAUGCCAGGCUAAGACGUCAUACACCGAAGAUGAGAUACUCUGGGGUCACAGGUUUGAGCCUUGCAUGACGCUAGAGAAAGGGGCCUUUCGUGUUGACUACUCCCACUUCGACAAAACGUUUGAUGUCCAGACACCCUGGGGAAGUGCAAAAGAGAUGCAUGAACUGAAAGAGAGUGAGCAGAAUGAUACAUCAACCCUCAGCCUCUUCUGGGACAAUAUGCUACAGACGUGUGUCCCUGGCGAGGCAAACACAGGACUUGUAGACUUCUCUCAGCAAAACCAGGACAGAAUUGGCUUCCACAGCAACAUUAUUGAGGAGGAUAGCCGGGAGUCUGAGAGUAAUGACCUCGAUAUUUGA